AGCCACGGAGCUUCCAGUAAAAGACGGCGGAGAAACUGGGAUUCAAAGUCGUCACAGAACACAUCGCUGCUUUGAAAUCCAUUUUCUGCCGGACGGUUUGAUGGCCAAGGUCCACGCGCUCCCAGCUCUGUGUCAUCUGAAACUCGCGCAUUUGAAGAGUCCUGAUGUGAUGUGAAAGUCGACGGCUCGUGACCUCGCGACCAUAUUAAAAUGAUGUCACGCGCAGCCACAAGUGGACCUGGGAUUUAUCAAGUUCCCUGCAGUUGAGCAGGAGUUGUGCCAGCCUCCUCCUCCUCCUCCUCCUUCUCCUCUUUCUCCUGCGGAGACACGGAACUCAGAAUCGACGGAGAAGAACUGAGCAAAUGAUCUACUUUCCCCUGUACUUCCAGGGCGGUAACGAUCAGCGGGUCUCGACACUCCGCACGCAGCCAUCGAGCGAGCUGCGGCCGCCCGCUUUGCCAUCAUUAAGCGUGAAAACAGAGGCUGUGAUUAAGAGGGGGCUUCCCCGACAGAUGAUGCCCUUUCCUGCGGGCCGCUGAGGAGCAGCGCCGACCCCUCGCUCCUUCCACUACUUUGUUGUUGUUGUCUUUGUGCGGCUGAUGCGAACAUGAUGGACGGUUCUCUCUGCCGCCCAGCGGGUAUCCUAGGCGCCCCCCCGGCCACCGGGAGCCAGCCCGCGGGCUCAGACAUGAUCACCACCGGCGGCAGCACCAAGCCUCUCGCUUUCUCCAUCGACCGCAUUAUGGCCAGGACACCCGAACCCAAGUCGAUACCGCUCAGCACCUGGUUCCAGACCUCUCCCGUGGGGAAGCCCGACGUGUGUCCGUCCUCACUGCACUGCAUGAUCCCGCUGGUACCUCUCGGGUACGAGGCGGGCCACCGACUCAGCAUCAGCGGGCUGGAUCCGGGCCACUUGGACGGCUCUCACCUGCCGGCUCCUGUAGACAUUUUGGGAUUCGGGUUGAAUUACCGAACCCAGCAGGAGGACUCCGUUGUGAGCCAAAGCGGCGGUCAGUACAAACUUUUCAGACCGCGGGUGGUGAACCAGUCCUCCCUCUCCACCGUGGGCACCAUGUGUUACCUGAACUGCACUGGCGAUGGAGGGGCCUGCACCCCGCCGGCCGGCCUGGUCAACCUGCACCCGAUGGCCUCGUACCUCCUCACCGCCCGACACAAAGCCCUCAUCGCGGAAAAGAGCAAACAGCAGGGCGGAGAGCGCUACUCGGUGUCCGGGGUGCAGGCCUUCAAGCAGCUCUCUCCCAGCCAGAUCCAGCACUACAUGAAGGAAAGGGAUCAAAUGCUCACGGACAAGAUGUUUAAAGGUUCCCCGGCAGCAGCGGCAGCGGCCCGACUGAGCGGUUCCUGUUCCGGCAGCAAACCCAAAGUGUUCACCUGCGAGGUCUGCGGAAAGGUGUUUAACGCGCACUACAAUCUGACCCGGCACAUGCCCGUGCACACUGGCGCGCGACCGUUCAUCUGUAAAGUUUGCGGGAAAGGGUUCCGUCAGGCCAGCACGCUGUGCCGACACAAGAUCAUCCACACUCAGGAAAAACCUCACAAGUGUAACCAGUGUGGGAAAGCCUUCAACCGGAGCUCCACGCUCAACACGCACACUCGGAUCCACGCGGGAUACAAACCGUUUGUGUGCGAGUUCUGUGGGAAAGGAUUCCACCAGAAAGGAAACUACAAGAACCACAAGCUGACACACAGCGGGGAGAAGCAGUUCAAGUGCUCCAUCUGCAGCAAGGCGUUCCACCAGGUGUACAACCUCACCUUCCAUAUGCACACUCACAAUGACAAGAAGCCAUUCACCUGCCCCACCUGUGGCAAAGGCUUCUGCAGGAACUUUGACCUGAAGAAACACAUCAGAAAGCUGCAUGACCCAGCUGGGGCGCCCUCGCCCCUGCAGUCCUGAAAUCCUUCUAAGCUAUGACAAACUGAAUCCAGCUCCUGGGCUGUUGAGGACAGAUUCAGAAAUGAGUAGCCUGUGUUCAGGUCUGUGCACUUUCUCUGCUCCAGUCCUUGUUAAUUAGCACUGACUCUGAAAUGCUCUGGAAACUAAAGUAUUGUAGUGGUUUUGUUCCCUUGUUUUACGCUGCAUAUGCUGCCCUCUGCUGUUUAAAUGGGCAGUUUGAACCUGCUAAUGACUCAACUCUUUCAAUCCAGCAGUUUUACCUUCAGCACAGUCAUGGAGCCGUCCAAAGAAUUGACUUUGAUUCUUUACGUGGCAAAACGUGCAUGAACUUAAUCCACAGAGCAUAUUUUACCUCAAUAUUGUCCUUUUGUUCCCUCAAAAUAAAAAUAAAAAAUUCAGUAUUAUUGAUUCAAGCCUCCCUGAAUCAGUAUUUGCUGUAUUGAUGAUUCCUAACCAAUGCCACUGGAUAAUGUUUCAUCUCAUCAAAGCUAAGAUAGUAAAGCCUGCUUCAGCAACA